AUGUCCGAACAUCCAGCAACAACAACGACUACAUCGCUAUCAACAAAAGAAGAUGAAGUAAACAACAACACAACUUUAUCAAAUAGUUUAAAAGGAAAGAAAUUUGAAGGAGAUGGACUUCGAUUUAAAGGUAAACUUAUCGGCACGGAAGAUUUGUCAGUUGAUCGUGAUGAAAAACUUUGUCUCGACUCUAUGCUUAAAUUAAAAGCUGCUGUACGUACUCGUGGUGAACAUAAACAACGAAUUCAAUUAAAGUUAACAAUGAUUGCUGUGAAAAUUAUCGAUGAUGCCACUAAAAAAGAAAUUGUUAACCAUGAACUUGAUCGUAUAUCUUUUGUUGUUAUUGAUCCACGUGAUUUACAUGCAUUCGGAUAUAUUUAUAAUACAUCUGAUGAUCGUCAUCAAUUUUGGGCUAUAAAAACUGAACGACCAGCUGCUAUGACUGUAAUUAAACUAAAAGAACUUUUUGAUUUGAUCUUUGAACAAUUUACAAAUGCUGAAACAGCGAAAGAAGUUGGUCAAACAGUCGUAACGCGAACACAUCCCCUACCGCCAUCAUUGUCACAAGUACGUCUCCAGUGCAGAUUCCACGAGAAUGUGGAUGUAGGAUGUGACUGUAGGUGUGUGCACGUAUGUGGAUGUACUUCUGAAGAGUAAAACAUUCACACGCACACUCAUACCCGGCUUAGUUUAAGGUUCCGACACUUUGUUUUUGCACCGUUUCGUUUAUAUACAUCCGAUAAAAACAAGCUCCCAUCACUUUUGCACCAGAUGUUAUAUUAGAAGCUAUAACUCAAAGACUUCACAAGACUUCGACAGACUUCAUGAGAGUUCAUAAAACGUUGUGAGACUUUAGGGUGACGUCUCUGUUGCUCUUUCUCGAAUCAAGUUAGAAUUUCUUCACUGAACAGUGCAUAACAAAAAGGUGUUUAAAAUCAUUCUUUUGCGAUCUAAAUGACAGUUUUCAGUUACACACUCAAGUUUAGUUUUGGUUGCUAGGUAUAUUAGAAUACUUUUGACUGAGUAUUUUUGUCACCACGCUAUUAAAAUAUCAGUAAUGUACCAAUAGUCACUCAUCAAACAAAACAAUCUAUAGUUGCUUCUUAACUCUGUUCUGUUUAGCUACAAAUCUUCAAAGAGAAAAAUUUUUUUUGUGAAUUCUCGAAUAAAUAUGUGAAUCCGUGGUAUUUCAAUUUUUAAGAAAUUCUUUUGUAACCACUGUGAAACUUUCUUUCUACGUAAUUUCAGUGAAAUAGAAAAGCGAGAAAGAAAACAAGCAGACAUUCACCUUUGUGAACAACUAUUCAUAUUUGUCUUUGUUGUAGGACUCAUAUUGUUAAUAUCAAUUCGAAUUCAUCAACUUAUGCUCGUCUAUAUGAUCUUAUGAUGCAACAAGUAAGGCCAAAAUCGACAAACAGCUAGGUGGAUGCACAUGCUUCUUGAUGUUUAUAGACAGAUGUUAUCGUUGUGUGUUCUUUAUCAGAUUUUUUGUAUAAAAUCAUUUUAAAGUCGAUGGGAAUUUGAUAAAAUAUUUGUACAAUAUAGAAAAAGAAAAAAAUCGAAUGCUUUCAUCAUCACUGUCGGCGGUGGAUAUGGAUGUAGGGUGGUGGUGACUGUGGACAUAGGUGUGGGUGUGGGUAAAUAGAAUAUCACAUUCACACCCGUAUUUGUUCUUUGAUUUCUUUGAUCGGUCUGUUAAGCACUCCCAUACUUUAAUUGUGCUAUACAUUGUCUACAGUCAUUUUUUAUCAGCUGAAGUCAGCUAAAGCGACUAGAGUUUCUAUAGCUAGCUUGGUCAUAUAAAUCAGAAUCACGUCAAACACAGUCAGUUAUAUUCAAUACCGGAAGAUCUGGGUAAUAGUCUUCUUUUUCGCCCGUACUCAUACCCUCAUGAAAAACGAUCUUUGUCAUGUCUUGUCUUUUCUUGAUCGAUAAUCGGAUUUAGGAUUUGGGUCUUGAUUUAGGUGGGAAUUGGGCGUGUGAGUGUUUGUUGAAUUUCUCGAUAGCCAUAUUCGUACACACCUUACAGACACAAAGUCGAACCGAGCAAAUUUUAGUUGAAUUCGAGUCAAGAAUUAAAGUUGGCUUUGACCAGAUUUGGAAUCGAUACGUCCCAAGAUUCAAUGAUGUACAAUAUGACAUUUCUUCUUUCACUGGAAGUUCUUAUUUCGUUAUAUGUAACAUGAGAAACGUUAGCUUUGGUAUUUUUUACGUUCUCACAUAGCCGAAAGAAUCAUCUUUGGCUCGUACAACAGCAAAAGAAAAUUAAAGAUACAUUGGGAGUAUUUUUUU